GAGAGAGAGACUCAUUCUCUGUGUUUUCAAUAGGCAGUCUUCGGUAGUGCGGGGAAUACUAUUCCUCAUCCCUCGCGCAGUCCCCUCCUCCCACCCUCCUCCCGCGUUCACUCCCCAUCCUCGAGCUCUUCCCCUCCUCUUUUACGAGUGAAAGCGCUGUCCGGAUCCGCGCGGACUCCAGUGAGAGAGCACGCUACCAAAGGGGAACCAGCCUGCGCAACAGUUUACCGCGCUGGUGCAAGCUGCGAUUCGGAGAAAAGUUUACCACCAAUGAACCUGGACCCGAGACCCCGAGCCUCCUCCGCGUGCUUUGUUUCCGUCAGCAAUGUGUUUCGUUAAAGAGCGUGCUCUGUGAGCGCGACAGGAAGCAAGGCUGGGGUUAACGAUGGCGCAGCGGCGCUGACCUCUCCCUCACCAAAGCGCCUAUCCUGAUCCGGCCUCAGGGACCUCAGCUGAAGUUAUGGCCGCUCUCCGGCGCAAAUUCGGGGACGACUACCAGGUGGUGAACACCGGCACGGGCGCCACGUUCAAGGCGCCGGUGAAGAAGAAGCGCCAGCGCUUCGUGGAGAAGAACGGCCGUUGCAAUGUGCAGCACGGGAAUCUUGGCGGGGAGACCAGCCGGUACCUGUCGGACCUCUUCACCACGCUGGUGGACCUGAAGUGGCGCUGGAACCUGCUCAUCUUCACCCUCACCUACACCAUAGCCUGGCUCGUCAUGGCGUCCAUGUGGUGGCUCAUCGCCUACGUAAGAGGGGACCUCAGCCACGCGCGCAAUGCGUCAUACACCCCGUGCGUGGCCAACGUCUACAACUUCCCGUCGGCUUUCCUGUUCUUCAUCGAGACGGAGGCGACCAUCGGCUACGGUUACCGCUACAUCACGGAAAAGUGCCCGGAAGGCAUCAUCCUCUUUCUCUUCCAGUCGCUGCUCGGCUCGAUCGUGGACGCGUUCCUCAUCGGCUGCAUGUUCAUCAAGAUGUCCCAGCCCAAGAAGCGCGCGGAGACGCUCAUGUUCAGCCAGGACGCGGUCAUCUCGCAGCGCGACGGGAAGCUGUGCUUAAUGUUCCGCGUGGGCAACCUGAGGAACAGCCACAUGGUGUCUGCACAGAUCAGGUGCAAACUCAUAAAGUCUCGUCAGACCCCCGAGGGAGAGUUCCUGCCGUUGGACCAGUGUGAGCUGGACGUGGGCUUCGGCACGGGCGCCGACCAGCUCUUCCUCGUCUCGCCCCUCACCAUCUGCCACGAGAUCAAUCCCAAGAGUCCCUUCUUCGACCUGUCCCAGCGAUCGCUCAGGAAUGAGCAGUUUGAGAUAGUUGUCAUCUUAGAGGGCAUAGUCGAGACCACCGGUAUGACGUGUCAGGCGCGCACCUCCUACACCGAGGACGAGGUGUUGUGGGGACAUCGCUUUCUGCCAGUCAUGUCCCUGGAGGAGGGCUUCUUCCGUGUGGACUACUCCCAGUUCCACAGCACCUUCGAGGUGCCCACGCCUCCCUACAGCGUGAAGGAGCAUGAGGAGACAGGCUCGCUCCCCUCGCCACUGGCCACGCCCCACCGUGACCGCGUCUUCUCUGUCGACUGCCUGGAGCUUAGCGCCGAGCCGUCCGGGUGCGGGGGCGGGGCCAGGCUGCCCAGUAAGCUGCAGCGAAUGAGCUCGUCCGGGAAGGAGGAGCUUCCCAGGAAAGUCCUGCGCCUGACUCUGCAGCCAUGCGACAAGGCAUCAAGCACAGGAGACCUGCCGCUGAAGCUGCAGCGCACGAGCUCGGGGCCUGACCCCGGAGACCACGCUGACCCCCGCUUCCGCCUCAAUGCCCUCAAGGUGGGGUUUGAGCCCAUGACCAUGUCCACUGGAGACCUCCACCAGCGGAGCCUGCCCCCGACGCCCACCCCUGUGCCCACGCAACCGCACGCCCCCCCGCACGCCCGCACGCCCUCCGACAGCCUGCCUGCCAAGCUGAGGAGGAUGAACGCUGACCGCUGAGGAGCAGGAGGUGCUGGGAGGUCGUGCUUCCCUACUGAUCCGGCGGCACGCCUCGGCGUUCCAGGCGGGCGGGAUCGGCACGGAAGGACGACCGGGUUCGCCGGCAAAUUUUGUGGAAGCGGAGGAGGAAAGUUGGAGGUCGCGGAUGGACUGUGAAAGGCAUCCUGACGACGGCACAUGUAGUGAAAGAGAAGGAUGGCAUGAGAGAGUGAGCAAGAGAGAGUGUGAGAGCGUGAGAGAGAGAGUGAGAGAGCAAGAGAGAGAGAGUGAGAGAGCG